CCUGUUGUCUUCUUCUAGUUCUAGGGUUUAAGUUCGCCUCUCCAAGCCAUUAGGGUUUUCCUUUCUGAGGACUGAGAUUCCCUGAAGAAAGGAGAAGAAAAAGAAAAUGAAGGUGAAAGUCAUAUCACGCUCCACAGAUGAGUUCACUCGAGAACGAAGCCAAGACCUGCAGAGGGUGUUUCGUAAUUUCGACCCCAGCCUACGAUCCCAAGAGAGAGCAGUCGAGUACGUCCGCGCUCUUAAUGCCGCCAAAUUGGACAAGAUUUUCGCAAGACCGUUUAUUGGAGCAAUGGAUGGGCAUAGAGAUUCCAUCAAGUGUAUGGCAAAGAACCCAAAUUAUUUGAAAGCAAUUUUUUCCGGUUCUGACGAUGGAGAUAUCCGACUGUGGGACAUAGCCUCCAGGCGAACAGUUUGUCAGUUUCCUGGUCACCAAGGUGCUGUACAAGGUUUGACAGUAUCGACAGAUGGAAGCAUUCUUGUAUCAUGUGGAAGUGACUCCACUGUUAGGCUCUGGAAUAUUUCUGAUGCUAAUCACGCUGAUUCAGAUAAUCUUUCUGAUAAUUCAGCCAAGCCACAAGCAGUUUAUGUUUGGAAGAAUGCAUUCCGGGCUGUUGACCAUCAGUGGGAUGGUGAUCUCUUUGCCACAGCUGGUGCUCAAGUAGAUAUAUGGAACCACAACAGGUCUCAGCCAGUGAACACGUUUGAUUGGGGAGCAGACACCACAAUAUCUAUUCGAUUUAAUCCAGGAGAGCCAAAUAUCUUGGCAACAUCAGCUAAUGACCGGAGCAUAACAUUGUAUGAUCUGCGGAUGUCAUCCCCAGCAAGGAAAGUUAUUAUGAGGACGAAAACCAAUUCUAUUGCUUGGAACCCAAUGGAGCCUAUGAACUUCACUGCGGCAAAUGAGGAUUGCAAUUGCUACAGCUAUGAUGCUAGAAAACUGGAGGAGGCCAAGUGUGUGCACAAAGACCAUGUUUCAGCAGUAAUGGAUAUUGAUUUCUCACCAACUGGUCGGGAAUUUGUAACGGGAUCUUAUGAUAGAACUGUCAGAAUUUUCCAGUAUAAUGGUGGCCACAGUCGAGAAAUCUACCAUACAAAGAGAAUGCAAAGGGUGUUCUGUGUGAAGUAUAGCUGUGAUGCCAGUUAUGUCAUUUCGGGAAGUGAUGAUACCAACCUUAGGGUCUGGAAAGCUAAAGCAUCAGAACAAUUGGGAGUAGUACUUCCAAGGGAAAGAAAGAAACACGAGUAUCUUGAAGCCGUUAAGAAUCGCUACAAGCACCUGCCUGAAGUCAAGCGUAUUGUAAGGCACAGGCACUUGCCAAGACCAGUUUACAAGGCGGCCAACCUCAGACGCACUAUGAUUGAAGCAGAAAGGAGGAAAGAACAAAGAAGGAAAGCUCACAGUGCCCCCGGAAGCAUAGUGACUGAACCGGUUCGUAAAAGGAGAAUCAUAAAAGAGGUUGAGUGAGUUGCACGUUAAUGUGUCCUCAGAAACUGCACCUUGAACAAGCUUCAGCUCUGCAGUUCUGCAGUUCUCUGUAGUCGAAUGCAAGUUGUCUGCAAUUCAAUUCCUCCGAAUUCAAUGACAUAUCUGCCCAAGUCUCAACUAAAUUUAGACUGUCAUGAACUGAGGCAGCAUCUUUUUACUUUCAAUUAACAUUUUUGUCACAGAAAGUUGAUUGACAUAUUAUAUAUAUAAUUGUAAUGUUUAUCA